ACAACCAGUCGCGAACGAUAUAUAGUUAAGAGUACAUCGAUUUAUCCGAUCAAGCGUCAUUUAUCGUUCAAGAGAAACAAAAUGACCGUCGUGCUAGUAUCUCUGAUUCUUGGGGCGCUUAUAGCCUUUUACUUUUACUUGACGCGAAAUUAUAAGUAUUGGCAAAAACGUGGAAUUCCGUGCGUGGAUGGAGCUCUGCCAGGAUUCGGUAAUAUGUUAUCGGUGAUCUUAAUGAAGACGGAUCUUAGUGAGUUAUGUCGCAAGAUCUACAAUGAUAACAAAGGUCACAGCAUGGUCGGUCUCUACGAUUUUAUGUCACCAGCAUUGAUGGUCCUCGAACCCGAGCUAGUCAAAACAAUAACACAAACCAAUUAUUCAAGUUUCGCUAAAAACGCUAUCGAUAUUAAUCCCGACUUAGAUCCGCUCCUAGCACAUAAUCCCUUCGUCCUUACUGGUGAGAAAUGGGUGCACAACAGAAAACGUUUGUCUUAUGCAUUCUCCAGCAUGCGAUUGAAGAUCCUGCUCGAAAGUGUUAAACAAGUGUGUACAACGUUUGAAAAUUACAUGAAUGAAAAGCUGAACAAUAACCAGACAGAGUUCGAACUGAAGAGCUUGUUCGCCAGGUACACAGCACAGGUGGUAGCCGCUGCUGGUUUCGGCGUUGAUGGAUUCUGCUUCGAUGACGAGAAAAAGGAUAUGUCCUUCAGGAAACUCGGACAAGCCAUUUUCGAGCCGUCUUUACGAAAUUCAAUCGUGUUUGUUGCCACGUUUCUCAUGCCAUCGUUAAACAAAAUCUUUAAACUAGGCGUCGUUCCGAAGCACGUAGACAAUUUCUUCAGGACACUGGUUGCAGAACUCAUGGAGCAAAGAAGAAAAGACGGAAUACCUAGAAACGAUUUUCUCCAUUUGAUGGUCGAACAGGAGCGAGCGGAAGACGAUAAAUUCGACCUUGAAAUGGUGACGGCCCACGCAAUGUCGUUCAUCGUCGAUGGCUAUGAGACCACCAGCAGUGUCAUGAGCUUUAUCGGAUUUGAUUUGGCCCGUCACCCAGAAAUACAGAAUAAAUUACGGGAGGAGGUGUUAUCCGUACUUAACAAAUACAACGGAGAAAUCACUUAUGAAGGCUUGAAAGAAAUGACAUACAUGGACCAAGUCUUAAACGAGACACUGAGAUUGUUACCCGCAGGCGUGAUUAUGAAGAAACGAUGCACGGAAAAGUUCGAACUGAAAGGAUCCGAUGGAAUUGUUUGUCAUGUAGAACCUGGAAUGGAGAUUCUAAUACCAGUUCAAGGUCUGCAAAAAGAUCCUCAAUAUUGGGAAAAUCCCGAAGAGUACGAUCCUGAAAGAUUCAGCUCGGAUAGGAAACACAGCAUCGAUCGAUUCGUGUUUCUUCCAUUUGGCGGAGGUCCUCGAGCUUGUGUCGGUAUGAGAAUGGCUCAACUACAAAUAAAAGCAGUUUUGACUGUAAUUUUAAGAAAAUAUAGGAUGGAAUUAUCCCCGAAAACGCAAAUACCUUUAAAGAUAAUUCCUGGUAACGUUUUACCAACACCGCUAGGAGGACUGUGGGUUUAUUUUCAGAAGCUUUAAAUGUAAAUAUCUUUUUUGUAAUAAAUUUCUUUCUAGCUUUCAGUGUCUAGUUUCUAGCGUCAUGAAUAAUUUUUAUGUCCGA